AUGGAAGACACUAAGUACAACACCACGGGCCCAGAGGAAGCACAAGUACAACCAGAAGCGCCUGCCAAACCACCUACCUCACAAUGGGAGGGUCUCCGGAGGGUACCGGACAAACUUCCAACCGUUGCGCUGCUGAUUUUAGUUGUAGAGCUUGGUGAGCGAUUCACAUACUUUGGUCUCAGCGGACCAAUUCAGAACUACAUCAACAAUCCAUAUGAUCCCACCUCUGAUCUUCCUGGGGCACUUGGUCGAGGUCAAGCCGUUGCGACAGCUUUGGGCAACUUCUUCAAGUUUUGGGCCUAUGCAUCUACCGUUGUUGGAGCUGUUGUGGCAGAUCAGUAUCUAGGAAAGUUCAAGGCGAUCCUUGCAGCUUGCGCUGUCUACAUUGUUGGUCUAAUCAUACUUGUCGCGACUUCGACGCCGGCUUCGAUCAACAAUGGAGCGGGUUUUGGUGGAUUAAUCGCCGCAAUGGUCACAAUUGGGCUAGGUACCGGUGGUAUCAAGGCCAACGUGACGCCUCUGUGCGCUGAGCAGUAUCGAAACUCUCACCCUGUUGUCCGAACCUUGAAGUCUGGAGAAGAUGUCCUGGUAGAUCCCGAACUUACGGUUCAGAGGUUGUUCAUGUGGUUCUAUUGGGUUGUCAACAUUGGCGCGCUGUCGCCACUGAUUACUGUCAAUGUUGAAGCACAUCAUUCCUUCUGGCUGGCUUAUCUAAUUCCACUCAUGUGA